UACAGCUCACAGGCUCCAAACAGGCUUCAGACAUUUUUUAAAAUCCGCAUUUAGCCGCGUUAUUUUCAGCUAGUCUGCCCAGGAUGGCCUCUCAACUCGUCCCCUGUUUCCACCUUACUGUCGUAUUGUUGUGUUUCACAGUUGGCAGGAGUGACAUUUCCUGCAGAAAUGAAGCCGGCGAAGCUGUUGACUGGUUUGUCAUUUACAAACUGCCCAAGUUCAGGAUUGGGGAGGUUGGCAGUGGAGUGGAGUACAUGUACCUGGACUCAGCAGCUGGUAGCUGGCAGAGGAGUAAAUUUAUGGUUAACACAACCCAAGGAGCCAUGGCCAACACUCUGAAUCAACUGUACAAGGGAGAGGUCUACAUGUCAAACAGCUCAGUGUAUGCACUCUACAAUGACGGUGCACCACACCAGAAAUACAUACAUUCUUAUGGACACACUAAAGGGGUUCUGCUCUUUGACCAUUCUCAAGGUUUCUGGCUGUCCCACACCGUUCCCCAUUUCCCCUCAUCCCCUGAGCGAGGCUACCAGUACCCCUCCUCUGGUAGACACAAUGGCCAGACUGCCCUGUGUGUCACCUACCAGUAUUCACAGUUUCUCAGUAUAGCACAGCAGCUCGUCUAUGUUUACCCACGUUUCUACAACUGUUCUGUUCCCGCUGCGUUCUCGGCCGACCUGCCGCAGCUCCUCCAGCUGUGUGAGGGCUCCAGACCGCCACUGACCGCCAACAAGGGAAUGAAGGCUCUGUUUUCUGUCAGUGGGGACAAAUUUGUCAGCUUUGCAAAAUCUGAGCACUUUGUGGAUGAUAUCUACACUGGCUGGGUGGCUCAGGUCCUGGACGCUGAUCUUCUGGUGCAGACUUGGCAGACCCAAGGUCGAGCACUGCCCUCCAACUGCUCUCUGCCCAGGCACACCAUGAACAUCAAGAGGACUGUGCUUCCGCCAUCGGUCCAGUUCGAGUCUCACUAUGACCACUCAAAGUGGAGUGUGUCCCAGGCUUAUGAGGACCAGGUGGUCUGCCUGGGGGAUCUGAACCGGGUCAAGACUCAGAUGUUACGUGGUGGGGGGCUGAUCUGCUCCUACAACCCUGUGAUUUACAAGGCCUUCAGAAAGUCAGUGGGCUGGUACAUUAGCUGCUAAACAAGACUGAAUUAUUGCUGAAGAUUAUUCAGUCAUAAUCCAUUUACAAUGUACACAGUUAAACAUGAAGUUAAGCAUUUUAGAUUUUAAAAAUCUGUCUUAUAUGCAUCAACUAAAUUUCUUUUAACUUUUACCUGCUAGAUUAUUUUGAUCCUGAAUUGAUAAAGUUAGUGUGACAAACUCGCAGUGCCUGCACGAUUGUUGGAGCAUUUAAGAUGUGUACAGCAGCCUUAAAUGAUAGUGGUAGAGAUUUGGUAACACUAUGAUUUGAUGCAAUCACUCUUUGCUAAGAUUUCUAUAUUUAGUUCCAGUUCCAGUUCUAGUUUUUAUUUUUUGUUUUUGUUUUUUGUUUGUUUUUUUACCACAAAGCACUGCAGAAAGCCCUCAUCUGAUUUUUUUCUUUUUUUCUUUUUUGUGGUAUUGUCAAAUAAUGUUUUGCUUUCACAAAUUCUCAAUUGCAGAUGUUGCUGCCAUAACGCAAACAGUCAUUAGGUUUAGGGUCCAAUUACUUUUUUUUUUUUUUUACAAAGGAGCAGAAUGGUUAGGAAAAUUUUAAUUAUUUUAUAAAUGAUGCCACCCUCUGGAAACAACUUUUCUGUAUCAAAUCAGAUUAUUUUUGUGUGAUGCCGUUUUUGUUUUGUCUUUUGUUUGUUUUUAAGGACAAAUUGAAACUCCACCACUCUGGAACUGGGCCGACAGGUCUGAAAAAACAAAAAUAAAUAACAUUUUUAUAAUACCGUAAAAACCAGCGUGGAGAAAUUUAUUGCAUCAUGUAAUUAAAUCCAGUCUGUCCCCCUUCAACAUUUGUUUCUAUUUCAUUUGUGUUAAACAGUGCCUCCUAGUGGUAAGACAUAGUGAAGCCGUCAUGUUAUUAUGUUAUUUUGAACAUCGAGGUGUAUUACCUCCCUUCUCUGCACUGAUCAUGAAUUCAGUUAAACAGUGGAGGCAUCUGUGUUUUAUUAUGUAUUG